CUCAAGACGCAACUAGUAAGAGAGCAAAUCCAGUUCUCACUCUUCGCUGGAUCAUUUCCCUUAGGAUUCUUGUUUAUUUUUUUACCUCUUUAUGAUCUAGUGCAUGGUUUCAACUUGAUUCUCCAAUAUAAUCAGAGAGGUAUGAGGCUAUGAGCAACCCAAUGAGGCCAAGGGUGAUGUUUCAUUUGGUUUACGACAGGGGCUAACCAAAUACCCAGUUUCUUUCAAAGAAAUAUAUUUUUCCUAAUUCCCAUCGUCCAUAUAUACUAUAUACAUAUAUAUAUAUGGUUCCUUUUUUCAUAUCACAAUAAGUUCAUCUGUGCUUUAAUAUGGAGAUUGAACUAUCUUUUGAGUGAUUUUUCAAGCCCUUAUACUCAAACUUUUCUUUACACCAUAUAUUCGAUUCUUUGCUAAUAUAUAUAUAUAUAUAUAUAUAUACACUUAGCUAGCUAUAUUGAUCUGGUGAGUCUUUGUACUGUUCGACAAAAAAUGGAUGUAAUUACCAAGGAAAAAGGAAAGAAGGGGCUGAUCAUCAAGACAUGGGAGCGAUGCAAAUCCCUCGGACGAGGCCGGAAGAGGUCGUCGUCGGGACCCGUGCUUGCCUUGACGGUGAAAAGCAGAUCGUGGCCUUCCAUCAGCCCCUUGCUACGAGAAGAGGAAAAACUUGCAAGGAAACGCCGGGUUGCUCCUGAGGGCUGCUUCUCGGUCUAUGUUGGACCUCAAAAGAUGAAGUUUGUGAUCAGAACAGAAUAUGCAAACCAUCCCCUGUUCAAGUUGCUGCUCGAAGAGGCCGAGUCCGAAUAUGGCUACGAUAACCAAGGCCCCCUUGUCCUUCCUUGCAACGUUGAUAUCUUUCUCAAAGUGUUGUUGGAAAUGGAGGACGGCCAUGAAAUUCAGAAAGGAUGCAGUUUUAAGCGUCACGGCUCUUACCACCUACUCAGUCCAUCUCGAAUGAUUGCCAUAAAUCAGUUUUAAAUGAUCUCUGCCCCUUUUCUGAUCUCUUUUCUUGUUGGAGUAGUUUUGUUUAAGUGUUUGUUUCAAAUAGGUUGAUGUGGGACUGAGUGAUCAAGACCGAGACGAGGAUUAUAAGCAUGAAACAAAUCCAAGCUGCAUGCCAUCUGAUCUGUAAAUUUAUUAACUACUUUUAUGGAUUUUUGCUGGUUUGUUGUACUACGCCGACUAUCCAAGUCUGCAUUUCAUCUC